UCACUCCGAUUGGCCAAUGAAAUUGAAGGCCCUGCCUUAUAUGCCCACCUCUGAUUGGCCUAUAAUCCCGGAACAGGCGUUAACCUGGGAAGGAGGGGUAAAAUGGCGUCCCUGGAUCGGGUGAAGGUGCUGGUAUUGGGAGAUUCAGGUGUUGGGAAAUCUUCACUAGUUCAUCUUCUGUGCCAAAAUCAAGUGCUGGGAAAUCCAUCAUGGACAGUGGGCUGCUCAGUAGACGUCAGAGUUCAUGACUACAAAGAAGGAACCCCGGAAGAGAAGACCUACUAUAUAGAAUUAUGGGAUGUUGGAGGCUCUGUGGGCAGUGCCAGCAGUGUGAAAAGCACAAGAGCGGUAUUCUACAACUCUGUAAAUGGUAUUAUUUUAGUACACGACUUAACAAAUAAGAAGUCAUCCCAAAACUUGUAUCGUUGGUCAUUGGAAGCUCUCAAUAGGGAUUUGGUGCCAACUGGAGUCUUGGUAACAAAUGGGGAUUAUGACCGGGAACAGUUUGCUGAUAACCAAAUCCCACUGUUGGUAAUAGGAACUAAACUGGAUCAGAUUCAUGAAACCAAGCGCCAUGAAGUUUUAACUAGGACGGCUUUCCUGGCUGAGGAUUUCAAUGCAGAGGAGAUUAAUUUGGAUUGCACAAAUCCACGGUACUUAGCUGCAGGUUCUUCCAAUGCUGUCAAGCUCAGUAGGUUUUUUGAUAAGGUCAUAGAGAAGAGAUACUUUUUGAGAGACGGUAAUCAGGUUCCAGGCUUCCCUGAUCGGAAAAGGUUUGGGGGAGGAACAUUAAAGAGUCUUCAUUACGACUGAAUUACACUCAUCCUUUGGGAGAUGAGCAAGCAGUGGCAAUUUUUUACAGCUUUCUUCUUGCUGUGUCGAUUAUUAAUGUCUCAGCCUUUUAAUGAAGUCAUCUUAAUAUGACACCCUUCAUCCUCACCGUUUAGUGGAAAACUGAAAGGAAGUGACAGUGUGGGAGAUCCAGACGUUGUCCCCAUUCUCUCUGUUCCUGACCUUUCUGUCCCUGUUUCUAGAUUAUGUAAAAGCCUUGUGGAAAUAUGAGAUGUUGUCAGAGUGAUGCAGUAAAUGAGCAGUGACAAGAGUGCUGCAGAGAAAAUGUACUCUGGCCUGGAACUGGAAGGUUUUUGUGGGUCUGUAAUUUUCCCACACUCCUUGCUGAAGGCUUAAUUAAGUACUUCUAAAAUAUAUCUCUUUUGUUUUACCUUUGUGAGGGGAAAGGUUAUGUUAACCAGCCCUGAGUUGUCCACCCCAAACAGUCCCUGUCAUUUUCAGAGAAGCAAAAUGGUGUUAUUUAAUUGUCUCCAUCCUCAUCACACACAAGGAUGCCUAAUAAUAGCCACCCUUGUCUCCCUCUCCUCUCCUUUGCAAAUGGCUCAGUGGCUGGAAGAGGCAGACUAAUAGCUGGAGUUAAAUAUAAAUAGAUUAAUAAUACAUAGAGAAUAGCAGUACCAGAAAAGAAUUCUUGCGUGAGAAAUUGACAUCUCGCUAAAUCCUUCACUCUUUAGGUUACAGCUGUCUGCACUCUCUUACUGUUUUCUGUUUGGAAAUAGGUAGGGUGAAAUCUAAGACCUGCACAAGGGCAGUAAGAGACAUUUACAGCGUCUUCAGGGAUUUGGGCGGGGGGCUCUUAUUUUUGAAGGAAAAAUUCAACUCCUGAAAUGUCUCUUAACUGUAGUUAGUAAACUAAGUGUCAACAAAGUAAUUAUGGAUAAUUAAAGGAGGUUCCAUGGCAACACAUUUACAUGAAUUAUGGACUAGGAUUCUUGGAUUUCUUAAUCCAAAGUUUCCUGGGGGUGGUGUGUGUAUAAAAUGCAUCAUUGUUCUUCAUUACUUUUUUUAACCCAUCUUUUUUGCUUGUUUAAAUCUCUCUGCCCUAGUUCUUCUUUAAUAUGUAAAGCUGGUCUACAAAAACUCAUUUGCUGCCUUAUUCACCACCUUUUCACCCAUCUUCUUUCUGGCUCUGCUGCAGGUCUCUGCACUCCGAAUUUUGCUCCAUAUUAAAAAAUAGUAAUAAUGACUA